AUGGCAAAGUUAGACAAGGAAUUCACUCUGUUAAACUCGGAGAAAACCUUUUCUAAUCGAAAGGAAAUGGUUUUUCAAGAAAAACAAAAGGCCGAUCCUACAACUCGUAAUGUAACAGGGAGAAGUGCACUUGCAACAGCCGCCAUACACGCAGAUAACGCGGAGGUAUUAGAUUUACUUCUAAAACACGAGAACGUGAACAUUAACAGAUAUGGUAGAUCUGCGCUUCAUUUGGCCGCAUGUACAUCAAAUCACAAUGUCGCAAGAAAUUUGAUCAAAAGGGGAGAAAAACCCAACCAGUUGGACAGCCAUGGCCUCACUCCACUUCAUUUGGCAGCAUAUCAUUCAGACGACACGGAGAUGAUCGAUUUACUUUUGGAAGCUCAAAAACAAAGUCAAGGCGACGAAAGAAUUGACAACUGGAACAAUCACGAUGGAAUGACUGCUCUACAUAGUGCCGCCAUCGCCUCCAAUGAGAUCACGGCAAAACAUUUACUCAAAAGGAGAGCAGACCCCAACCGAAAAGACAAACUUGGUCGCACGCCACUUCAUUAUGCAGCGCUCUUUGCUAAAAAUACCAAAAUCAUCGAUGUCUUCCUUAACAACAAGCAAGUCGACGUCAAUUCCUUAUAUUAUUCUGGACGAAAUGCACUCAAUUACGCCAAACGUAACCAGUAUGGACUCAAAAAAGAAAUUAUAAGUCGAUUGAAACCUCCACAUAAUCCAGGUCCACUCAUCUUAUUGUUAGUUUUUAUCUUUGGCUUUUAUAUCUUCGACUAUUCUUCCAUUUCAAUCAGUUUGUGUUUUGUUUUGUCAUUUUACAUCUUAGAGUAUUUUCUCUAA